UCUAUGGCAGAUGGAGGUGCCAGUUGUACGUUGUCUCUAGCUCUGGGUAGUACCUCAGCAUGCUGCCUGUUUGACACGUUUAACAGUUGUCCUGGAGAAGGCUUUACAUCUUAAAUAACUGGAAGGCUCCUGGUUUUGGCAGAAAAGGAAGAGAUGAAGAAGAUUUGUAACAGUUGGAGAAAUUACUGAUUACCCUCCUCUCAGCUCACACAAACCGCCAAAACGGAAGGCUUUGGAGUAUUCAAUUUUUUUUUCCGUUGUAUGUUUUUUCUCUUCCUUAUCGUGGUGCUGGGAGGUGCUUCAUCUUUUCAUAUAUUCGCUCUCUCCAUCAUUUGCCUCCUCAUUUAUUUCUCCAUCUACCUGCUGUACAAUUUCCUAUAUUUAUGAGUGAGAGAGAGAGGAGGGGGAGUUUUUAUUUUCAUUUUGAGACUUUUCUUUCCCUUUUUUUCUUUCCUGUCUCUUUCCUCUCUCCCUCCUCACCAUUCCAUCCUUUUCGAUCCUUAUUCCUUUCCUACUCUCCUCUACCCUUUUCCACCAGUUCUCCACAGCACAUUCCUCUCCCUCUCUUUCUCUGUCUUUAAACUCAGAUGUAAAUUAACUUGGACUGAAUUUUUUAAAGAAAGAGACAACUAAACAGCAACUCUUCUUCAAUGACUCCUUUUCCCCCAUUUUCCUUCUCUUCCUCCUCUGGUCCUUCCUCACCCACAUCCUAUGCAUCACAAUUUUGCGGGAUUCUUAAAUUGGUAACUCUAGUCUUGACAAAGACCCAACGUACAGACAGAUGAUGGUGACUAAAUAAACGAGGGGAAGCGACAGAAGACACGGAAAAAGGGAAGGAGGAAGACAUGCUCUAAUCUCCGCAUUGCCACGGCAACCGUUGUUCACACACACACACACGGAGUUGUCAGAGGAAACCUCGUCGCGCUGUAUCCUCCAGUGGAAGAAGACGGGAGGAUGAGUCAGACGACAGGAGACGAAUGAGAGAGCGCCUCGCCCCUCUCCAUUCGUCAUUUCUCUAUUUAUUUUUUGAGUUCUCCUUACACACUCAAACUUGACACACGCACACUUGUUCAAUCCCGGUGCUCAUCCCUCACUCCAUAAGCCCUCUUCACGUCUACUCCUCUCUGCACGGCUUCCUCUGUUCAUCCUUCCCUCCACCCGGUGCUAUGAGAGGAGUAGUUGGGUCUCAGACCACACCACCAUGCCAGUUCUGAAGAGUAGAGAGGAGAUCUGGGCUGGCAAUGUACAAGGUACUGCAUUUACACUCCUCCACGAUGCUUGUCAGCCUCCUCUCCCCCUCCCCACUCCAGGACAGGCGCGUCACUUCCUCCUUCCCCCCUCCUCCUCCCGAACACACCUCUUCCCCUCAUCAGCACCCCCGGCUGGCCCUUCCCUCCCUCUCCCUCCCUCUCUCCCUAUCUCUCCUCCUCCUCUCCCUAUUCCUUCUGCCCAUCUGCGAGUCGGCGCGGUCGCCUGGGAGGGGCGGAGCUGGCCAGGGCGGAGGAGCACCAGGAGGUGCACCCGGGACGGGAGGAGCAGGAGGCGAGAAAGGAGGCCAGAGGGGCACAAACCUCAUCCCCCCUUUCUACCCCCCUUACUACCCCCCAGUAUCCCCCGCCCGGCCCCCUGCGCCCGCCUUACCUCCCAAAGUGGCCUCCUCCCUUAGCAUCGCCGUCAUCCUGGUGGGCAACUCUAGCGAGGUGUCGUCCACCUACGUGGAGAAAGAGGAGUUCCUCCAUGUUCCCCACCCUACCAAAGUCCAACUGGAGACCAUGAACGACACGGACCCCAAGAGUAUCAUCAACCGUAUCUGCACCCUGAUGACCAACACCUGGCUGCAGGGGGUGGUGUUCGGGGACGACACGGACCAGGAGGCCAUCGCCCAGAUCCUGGACUUCAUCUCUGCCCAGACACACAUCCCCAUCCUGGGCAUCCGAGGAGGCUCCUCCAUGGUCAUGGCUGCCAAGUCACACCAACUACUCGACUGA